AUGAGUACUAAUACACUUGUUAAUGAAAAUUUACCUGUUAAUAAUACAACAUCGACAACAACAUUAAAUAAUGAUGGUCCUAUAGCACACCUUGAUCAUAUGUUAAGUACACUUCAUGAUGACCAACAAACACGAAUGCCAUCAAAUAUAUCAAUUGAUACAUUUGAUAAUAAAUCACAUCGAAUAAAUCAUCGUUCAACAUCACGAACAGCAAUAACUGAUGGAAAAAUUGUUGAAUGUUCAUCAGAAAAUUCAAUUGUUUAUCGAUAUUAUACAGGAGAAUCAGGUUCAAUUAUUGAAGAACAUUUUGAUAAGGCACUUAAACAACCAACAUCAUUUAAUUCAACAAGAUCAAUAUCAACACGAGAUCCUCGAACAUCAUCUUAUGGUUAUUCAAGCAUGAUGAAUCCAUCAAGUAGUUUUUGGCCUAAUUUUAUGACAUCACCAACUUCAUAUCCACAUCCAACUUAUCUUCCUACAUCACAAAAUGAAUAUACUGAUUGGAUGCAUCAUCAUCAUCAUACAUAUCGCUCACCUUAUUCAACAAAUUCAACAACAACAACACCAUCAUCAUCAUCAUCAUCAGCUAUUUCAAACAAUCAUUUACAUUCAAUUGGAUCACCAAAUAAUACAAAUCUUAAUAACAAUACAGGGCGUUAUCAUCAUCAUACAUCACCCGAUAUGGAUGUUGUGACAGCAGCAGCUAUUGGAGCUGCAGCCGCUGCACAAAUGUUUCAUCAUGAAAAACAAUCUCAUCAUGGUUAUACACCAACAUCUCAUCAUUUUGAUUAUCAUCUUGGUGGAUCAAUGAUGGCAACAGCAUCAUAUGCAUUUCCUCCACAGAGCUUUGAUUUAAUGGGUACAGGUACAUCAACAAUGGGUUUAGAAAAUCCAAAUAUUAAAGAUUCAACAGCAUCGACACCUUGGUAUUCAAAUCAUCAUUUAUCGUGUUGA